AUGCAUGCGGCGACGUUGGCCAUCCUGGACAAGCUGGACAUCGACGCGGAGAAGCCGAGCGAGGAGGAGGUGGCGCGCAAGUUCGGCUACGAGGACGCCUACCUGGCCGGCUCCCUGUCGCGCUGGCAGCGCCUCAAGCCGCGCGUCUGGUCGCUCUUCGACGAGCCCUACUCCUCCACCGGCGCGCAGGUGGUGGCGGUGGUGUCGGUGUUCUUCAUCUGCGUGUCGGUGCUGUCCUUCUGCCUGAAGACGCACCCCGACAUGCGCGUGCCGGUGGUGCGCAACCUGACGCGCUGGGCGCCCGCGGCGGACGGGUCGGGCGCGCUGGUGGCGCAGUGGGUGCUGGACCAGACGGGCUCCAACCCGCACGACGCCUUCUUCUACCUCGAGCUCGCCUGCAACGCCUGGUUCACCUUUGAGCUCGCUGUGCGAUCCGUGGUGAGCCCCAACCUGGUGCAGUUCGUCAAGUCGCCGGUGAACGUGAUCGACUUCGUGGCGACGCUGUCCUUCUACGCGGACAUGGUGCAGACGGCGAUGGGGCCGUGGCCCGUGGAGCCCACCGACAUCCUCGAGUUCUUCUCCAUCAUCCGCAUCCUGCGCCUCUUCAAGCUCACGCGCCACUCGCCCGGCCUCAAGAUCCUCAUCCACACGUUCAAGGCGUCCGCCAAGGAGCUCACGCUGCUCGUCUUCUUCCUCGUGCUUGGCAUCGUCGUCUUCGCCUCGCUCGUCUACUACGCCGAGCGCCUGCAGGUGAGCUCCUCUCAUGCACAUACCAUGGCUCAGAGUAAACGUAACUAA